AUGUCUCACGGCUUCUCCAGUAUUAAUGAUCAGAGUAUAAUCCCUGCAUUCCCUGGUCUAUCAGCCGAAAGCAUCCCUGAAGAUCCAGACAUUCAACGUGAGACUCUGCGUUUGCUGGUGCAGUAUUCUGGGGUCUCCUCUCUGGCAGAGAAACCAUCAACUCCGGCCACUUCUGGCCAUGCGGCUCGGGACGCCUGGCAAACUCCACGGACUGAAGUCCAGCCCAUUGGGGCCUCACCUUACCAGAUAUCACCUCGACUCACGCGUUCCUCAAGUGGCAGCCAUGUCACUCGACUUUCUUCUUCCCACUCUGUCGCUCCUUCCUCUGACAGUCCAAUCCGGGUUUCUCCUCGCAAUCCGUCCCGCGCUUCCUCCCGUGCUUCUUCCCGCGCUCCUUCCCGACUUUCAUCACCUCCAGCUGUCUCUGUAUCUUCCUCACAUGGUAUCUCUCCCAGUCAUCGCGAGCGCCAACGAACUCUUAGGGAGAGUGUGGCAAUAUCAAAUGCCAGUAGGAACGAUGAGAUAGUGACUCCUAUAUUAAAACAACAUUUCGCUUACCCGCCGGAGACCAUGUCAUCUGCCACUAGAUCACCUCAAUCCUCGCGGUCAAUAUCCCCGACAGCCGAGCAAAAUCUCAUUCGUCGCUCCAGUCGAAAUAGGGUUAAACCAACAAAUUAUUACGCCAAUCCCUGGGUCAGUGUUUGCCUUGACGCUGAAGAACCAGGCACAACGGUCGAAGCUAUUCCGGACCCUGUUGCGUCUUUUCCCCAGGAGCCGCGUCGUGUUUUGCCUCGCUGUGCAAAUGUCCAAAAGCUGUUGUACAGCCGUGAGCUUGGGGGUGGAAAUAAUCGCCGCAUUGUCACCGAUGUGGUCUCGGAUCUUAGACCAUGGAAAUCAUGGCAAGGCGCUUCAGGCGAUCUGCUUGUUCUGGCUUGGUCGCCUGAUGGCACUCAAUUUGCGGCAGGCGCCGCAGCUAAAUCAGACGAACAUAAUAUGCAGUACAACCAAGCCAACAAUCUUCUUUUGGGCGACCUUCAGUGCAAUCGUCUAAAGGAAAUUCCGGAUCAUUGGAUUCCACGACCAAUAUCCUCGCCGGUUGAUGACCCGCGGCUUUUCAUGAGCGUUAAUAAUAUGCAAUGGAUUGGCAAUCGACUUUACACUGCUAGUUUCGACAAAACUGUCAAGAUCUGGGACGUGGAAUCACUCCCCAACGUAUCCUGUACCCAUACCUUGCAGCAUGAGUCCCGAGUGGCAGUGAUGUCGGUCUCGAAAUUCGACCCGAAUAUAUUGGCUACAGGGACAGAGUCAAUCUUGGUCUGGGACACACGAGAUCCGGAAAACUUAACAUCAACUCUUCUCCCCAUCGACCGCGAUGCACGAUAUAAGCCCAACUUUGAGUUUUCAUCAACAGCCCUGGCCUGGGGGCAUACUCCAUCGACCAAGGAGUUUCUAGCUGGAGGCCUCGCAGAACCUGGGGAAGACCCAAUAUAUAAAGGUCACUUAGGUUUGUGGCGAGCACGCGAAUCUGCAUUUGAGACCAUCAGAAUUGCAUCCAACUCACAAAAUGUCUUCGACAUUAAAUGGCAUUCUUCAUUGCCCAUAUUUACCACGGCCAGUCCGGAAGAUCCCCACAACGCACGGAUCAAAGGCAUUGGCAUUACCACAAAGUCCAUUGUGAGAGUGUUUAGCCUCAACUGUGACCUCCAAAAGCGUGUCCCGUCAGUUAUGGAAUUCUCCUGCCCGGCUUUGGAUGUCAAUGAGGUCAGUUUCUGUCCAUUGGAUUCCAGCGGCACGUACAUCACUGCUAGCUGCACAGAUGGCAAAACCUAUGUUUGGGACAAUCGGAAAGGUGAUAGGAUUCUCCAUGAACUUCAACAUACGGCCCCCAUCAACCCAAUUGAUCACCAGCGAAGCCGGGAGAUGGCAGACGUGGGUGUUAGGGUGGCUCUCUGGGGUUCAUCUAUGGACCAGUUUUACACCGGUGCGUCCGAUGGCGUCCUCAAACGAUGGGAUAUUCGCCGGUCACCUGUAGAUGUCCUCGUUGAGAAUGUCGCAUCUUUCGACGAAGAGAUCAUGUGCGCCGCCUUCAACGAAGAUCAAUCUCACCUCCUCGUUGGGGCUUUCGACUUUGAACGUGCCCCAGAGCCCGAAAAGCCCAGUGAUAGUGCCAGUGAUAGUGGUGUCCUUGCGGGAAACCAGCUUAUCUUGUCUGGUCAGGUGGUUAAGCACGAGACAUUUGGUAUGGGCCAAGGGCCCUCUUACACGGGGCCUUUUGCCUCGUGGGCUCGGAAUUCCAAACCAGACGUUCCUUCCGAUCGGAUUGGGCAACUCCCUUUACUCAAAAAAUAUCAAAUCCAACAAUUGGAUGGACCGCCACCAGGGGAUCGUCAUGACCUCGAUUUGAAUCAGCGACGAGAGGUCGAAAGACAAAUACGAAUUGCGGAGAUACGAAAUCGAGGAUUCCAUAAGAGGAAACGCAAGGAGCAAUAUGAUCCUUCUACGUUCAGCUCUAAGGGCCCCGUAUAUCUCCCCGUAUCUCUGUCUUCUCUUGGCUCUUCCCGCCCCGGGAAGAAGAGGAAGAAAAAGUUUGAGAAAACUGAAAUGAAAAGGGAAGAAAAUCAGGGGAACCAUGAAGAGAACCGAAAUAAGAAAGAUGGCCGUGGUGAGGAUGGAGAAGGGAAAGCCAAAAAAAAAUCUCGUCGGAUGAAAAAGAAGGCUCGCAAGGUCUCGAUCAUCAGCAACACCGAAGAUGUUGACCUCACCCUCAUAGACUCAGAUACGGAGAUGGAGAGGUCAAACCGACAUCGGUUUGACCUUGAAGAACUACUUGAGGUUCUUGAAGAAGAUAACUGGUUCCCAGCCAGUGGAGACAUCAAUCCUAAUAUCCAGAAGGAGAUCGCCUAG